AUGAAGAAGACUCUACUACUGGUAUUCAUUCACGGCUUCAAGGGCGGCGACGAUACAUUUGGCAACUUCCCAGAGCACAUGCGGAUGCUCCUUAGCCGCGCACUCCCUGCCGUAAGUAUUGCUACCGCUGUAUACCCCAAGUAUGAGACUCGUGGGAGUUUGCAAGAAUGUGUGAGUGCGUUCCGGGAAUGGCUACAGAAUAGGGUUAUCGACCUGGAGGUUUCGAACCGCACACCCUCUCCUACUGUUGACCCUUCUGUACAUGUCUUUCUCGUUGGCCACUCGAUGGGUGGGAUCGUUGCAGCAGAAACGCUCUUACUACUAGCCUCUGAGCAGCCAAUUGCAGGGGCAUCAUCAUCAUCAUAUACAGCACAAAGUCAGUCUGAUAUAAGUCCUACGGAAACCUCAGUGAAUACAGGCAGUUCAAGUUUCCUAGAACCGAGUUCUUUUAUGUUUCCUCAUAUACAAGGCGUGUUUGCAUUUGACACCCCUUAUCUCGGCAUCGCUCCAGGAGUAGUGUCGUACGGUGCUGAGGAGCAGUACAAAAAUGUCACAUCUACGUACAGUGCGAUCUCUGAAGUAGCCGGCUUGUUCGGGUUCGGGGCAAGUAGCAGUUCUGCUUCGUCGAACAAAGACGCACCUCCUCAGAAAGAGCUUAAGAAGGCGCUUCCACCUGCGUCGGAUGAUGACGCUGCAGCGACACCGUCCUGGCAACGAUGGGGACGGUAUGCCAUGUUCGCCGGCGCCGCAGGUGCAGUAGCUGCGGGCGGUGCGGCGGCAAUGUAUUCCCAACGCCAACGCUUGACUGACGGUUGGGGGUGGGUCUCAUCACAUCUUGCAUUUGUCGGAUGUCUAGCACGUCCUGCAGAACUUCGUCAGCGACUGUCACGGUUGGCCCAGGUGGAAAUGGACCGAGGAAUCAGAUGCAUGAACUUUUAUACAUGUUUGGGCCAGAAUGUGCCACCAAGGGUGGACAAUAGUACCAGCAAUACUCACGAGGAAGACCGAAUGUCGUUCAGUUCCAAAAUUAUCCGGUCGAAAUACCGUACUUUCUGCUCUCUUCCUGCUGAAGAGGAAGGCCAAGAACAGCCAAGCACGCUGGCCCCAGGACUUGCGUGGAUCAGGGCUGUGAAUGAUGGCGCCACAGAUGAGAUUAAGGCUCAUACUUGCAUGUUCCUACCGAAGGAGAAUCCGGGUUUCGAUGAGCUUAUGAAUAAUUCCUGUACGGCGAUGGCCAGGUCUGUGGACAAGGGCUGGUACGCAACAGCGACUGGAAUUGACGAAGAUAUUACCAAGCCACAGGCCAAAAAGGGCCAAACCCAGAAUCAGCCUGGGUGUCGGUCUACAGAUUUAGAAGACGAUGUUGUGGUUUUGGACUAA